AUGCACUCGUCUCUAAACCGAGCGCAGGCCGUCUUCGGCUUCUUUACAACCGUGGCCUUGUUCGUCGCCGGAUUUGCCGCGUUGUCUGUCUUGUUAUUUCCCACCGAUGAGGCGAAAGCAGCAGUGUCAUUGAAGGAUGUCAAAGUAAUCAAAGGACGACCACAUUACUAUUCAAACAAGAAAGAAGAAUACGCACAAAUGCGUUUCGAUCUGGACGCCGAUCUCUCCUCCCUCUUCAACUGGAACACAAAACAACUCUUCGUCUACGUCUACGCCUCCUACUCCUCCUCUGACAAGGAAUCCACUCUCCUCCCCCAGUCCGAGUCCAUCAUCUGGGAUACCAUCAUCUCGGCCCCGGAAUCGCCGUACUCCUUCAACACUCUCCGUGAGCGCUUCUUCCCGUCCAAGUCUUCUUCGAAACGGACCACCGGCGCCAAGAAGUCGACUAAGAAGGAUAAGGCCGCGCCUGGUGUUCUCCGUCUGAGGAACCAGCGGGCUAAGUACCAAAUCUCGGAUAUCACGGGGAAGAUGGCGGAGCGGAGCAAUGUGACGCUUUCUGUUGGGUGGAACGUGCAACCUUGGGUUGGAGCUUUGUGGUGGAGUCCUGGGUCUGGAGCUGUGCCGAGGACUGGCGGUGAUUCGGGAAGGAGCAAGCCAUUUGAGUUUCCGGCGUUGAAGACGAAGGCGAAUACCAAGGCAGCGGAAGACCAAGGUCAGGCGAAGAAGGUGGAGGUCUAG